AUGGGCUGCUGCUGCAGCUCGGACUAUGACGAGGACUGGAUCGAGAACAUUGACAUCUGUGAGCACUGCAACUACCCCAUCGAGCCUGACAGCAAGCGCCAGAGGCUGAUCCGCAACGGCUCCGAGGUGCGAGACCCCCUGGUGUCCUACGAGUCCUCGUCACCUCCGUGCUCCCCCAUGCAAGGUGAGGCAUGGCUCGGUCACUGCCACCCCCAGAGCGGUCACUGCCACCCUGUCCCUGCUCUUGUCCCCACAGACAAGCUGGUGGUGGCCCUCUACAACUACGAGCCCAAGCACGACGGGGACCUGGGGCUGCGCAAGGGGGAGAAGCUGCGAGUGCUGCAGGAGAACGGGGAGUGGUGGAAGGCGCAGUCGCUCACCACGGGCCAGGAGGGGCUGAUCCCACACAACUUCGUGGCCUUGGUGAACAGCCUGGAGCCCGAGCCGUGGUUCUUCAAGAACAUCAGCCGCAAGGACGCCGAGCGGCAGCUCCUGGCCUCGGGCAACACCCACGGCUCCUUCCUCAUCCGCGAGAGCGAGACCUCCAAAGGCUCGUACUCGCUGUCCGUGCGGGACCUGGACGAGAGCCAGGGAGAGACGGUGAAGCACUACAAGAUCCGGAACCUGGACAACGGCGGCUUCUACAUCUCCCCCCGCGCCCCCUUCAGCAGCCUCAGGGAGCUGGUGCAGCACUACACACGCAGCUCCGACGGGCUGUGCUGCCGCCUGGGCAAGCCGUGCCAGACGCAGAAGCCGCAGAAGCCGUGGUGGCAGGACGAGUGGGAGGUGCCGCGGGAGUCGCUGAAGCUGGUGGAGAAGCUGGGAGCGGGGCAGUUCGGAGAGGUCUGGAUGGGUCUGUACAACGGGCACACCAAGGUGGCAGUGAAGUGCCUCAAGGCUGGCAGCAUGUCCCCCAGCGCCUUCCUGGCCGAGGCCAACCUGAUGAAGAAGCUGCAGCACGCGCGGCUGGUGCGGCUCUACGCCGUGGUCACCAAGGAGCCCAUCUACAUCAUCACCGAGUUCAUGGAGAAGGGCAGCCUCGUGGAUUUCCUCAAGACCUCGGAAGGAGUCAAGCUCAGCAUCAACAAACUCCUGGACAUGGCAGCUCAGAUCGCUGAAGGCAUGGCUUUCAUCGAGGCCAAGAAUUACAUCCACAGGGACCUGAGGGCCGCCAACAUCCUGGUGUCGGACACUCUGUGCUGCAAAAUCGCCGAUUUCGGGCUGGCCCGGCUCAUCGAGGACAACGAGUACACGGCUCGGGAGGGAGCCAAAUUCCCCAUUAAGUGGACGGCACCCGAGGCCAUCAACUACGGCACGUUCACCAUCAAGUCGGACGUGUGGUCCUUCGGCAUCCUGCUCACCGAGAUCGUCACCUACGGCCGCAUCCCCUACCCAGGCAUGACGAACCCCGAGGUGAUCCAGAACCUGGAGCGGGGGUACCGCAUGCCGCAGCCCGAGCAGUGCCCGCCCGAGCUGUACGAGCUGAUGAGGCAGUGCUGGAAGGAGAGCCCCGAGGAGCGCCCCACCUUCGACUUCCUCAGGAGCGUCCUCGAGGACUUCUUCACCGCCACCGAGGGCCAGUACCAGCAGCAGCCCUGA